GCACUCUGACCUACUGACUCAACUUGAGAACUCCGAGUCCCUCUAUCAGCAAUCCAGAUCUUCAAAUGUGUUCUCUCAUUUUCCUUGAUAAUGGGCCUCACGAGUUACUGUUGCCCUAUGUUGCCUCUAUCAACGUCCUGUUGUCUCACCCGUGGCGCUUGUCUUUUCCGAUCAGGAACUUCGCGAUGCGUUCUCCGCAACAGUAUCUUUGUGGAGCUCCAGUAUCAUUGCUUGUGUCCGCCCCGCGGCAUCUAAUCGACCGUUUCCCGCGAAUGACUUAUGCUGAUGUUGCACGGGCGCACUCAGUUCGCGUGACUACGUCUGACUCUCGCGAUCAUGUCCUGGAUUUCACUCCUACACGGCUUUAUGCGGCCACCAGUGAUCAGACAUUUGUUUUCGACACCUGCAUCAUGCUCGACGUAACUUGGCUACAGAAUCUUUUCCGGAGCCUUGUUCUCAGUCGCAUAAAGGGGCACAUCCAGAUGUUCAACGUUCUUCGCGCACCAGGGCUAAGGAAUCCGAAAACUGCGUGUGCGAAAAGAAACCCCGACUUUUCGUCUUCACGCGUUCGCCGCAUGCGCUUAGCGCUAGCAGUGUUGAAGAUGAUCCCCAUUUUCCUUCGAUUCGUAGUACGUACGGCAGAGGAGAAAUUCACAAUCAUUAGCAGAAUGGCAUGCCGAUGUGCAAAAUUGAAACGUCAUUGUUAUCCCUGCUGCGACUGGUUACCCGAAUCUCCGCUCCCCCGCUCUUAUGCCUUUGAGUUUCUGUUCCUCCUGCCAGAGACCACCGGACAUAUAGGUGACGCGUUGAAGGGCGUGUCUAGUCAUGACUUGAUGCUGGUUUUGUGUUUCUCGGAUUAUUCCUAUAAACCCACGCACUGUCGGCACCUUAUAUCGACAGAACGAGGAUGGUUCGCGGCGAGGCAAUGUUGCUAUGCGACCACAAGAUUCCCCUCAAUUGUAUGACGUGGCCUUGAUGAAAUUCGAACACAAUGUGUUUAUCGCAUUCACUGGCCAUUACCCAUUACCAGGUGUCUACCUGCGAUACACAGGCGUGAUAUAAAGUGCGGAGAACAUGAGCAACCUCUUCGA